UCAGUCGACGAUUAUUAUUGAUUGUGUCAGUGUCCCGAAAAUGAUCACCAGUAUUAUUUUGUUACUGUCUGUGAUUGUGAUCACUCAUGGCGAAGAUGUCACAACAACAACAGAAUCGCAACUGGCGAAAGGCGAAGAAAAAAUGAGCGAAUACAUCCUGCAAGUUCUGGACCACUUUAAGAAACCUAACCCUGUGGGGAUACCCGGGGCAAAUGUCCCAGACCCGUAUUUUGUACCGGAUAUGAAACAAUCUAUAUCUCUCGGAACACUAUAUUUCAAAAAUACGGCUGUUUACGGCAUCAGCAAGUUUCGUAUCUUAUAUGUUAAUGCUGAAAUUGGAGCCAUGGAGGUUCUCGCUGCUUUGGCCAUUGACAAACUUCAAGCUAGAGGAAACUACACAAUGUCAACCUGGCUCAAUAGGGUUCAGGGGCCUUUCACGGUAGACAUAACAGGAAUUAAGAUUAGUGCAAAAGCAAAUUUAGGAGUCGAACGGGACGGAAAAAUAAGAGCUCAAGAUAUCGCGAUAGAUAUUUCUUUUAAUACAAUAGCAAUGAACUUCGAAAAUGCCGGUUUCUUCGGAGGAAUGUUGCAAGGUGUAGUAAACUCUAUUGGAACUUUCCUCUUCGAUUCGAUUAAGCCAUACAUACUCAAGGAAGCUUAUACCAAAGCAAGGGAUGAAAUAAAUAAAAAACUCGAUGAAAUAGCUGGCGACAUGCAAUUCCCUAAUUCGAUAUCUCCUCUCGACAUGGUCAUCGCUGAUGUUAGGAAGAAAGUUAGAGAUAUGGAAAUGGAUCCGUAUAAAGUCAAAGCCUACAACACAACUGCUAGUGUAUUUACAGUAUCACUAACGGAGACGUGGGUAACUGGAAUAUCUUCAUUUCAACGUGUAGGGAACAUAACGUUGAAAUUGGAAAAUAAUACAGUUAUCGCUGACUUCGAAAUCGGAACUCAAAAGCUAGAAGGUACAACGCAAUGGGAAGUUGCUGCGAUUAGUGGUUUAAUUUCUAGAGCGGGAAGGGCAUCGUUCUCUGUAGAAUAUAUUAGUGGCAGAAUAGUUCUAGCGCAGCCUCUUGACACUAGAAAGAAACCUGUGUUCAGAGACUUAGAUUUAGACAUCGGUAACAUACAAGUUAGGUUCGAUGGUGCAGGAACAUUGGACUACGUUAUAGAAUUCGCUGUGAAUAUUCUGCCAAAUCUUUUGCGAUAUCAAAUAAUGGACGCUUUGGAAGGUCCGAUAAGGGAGAAGGUACAACAGGAAUUGAAUAAGUUAAAUGUUGAAGAAAUUAUUAAGCAGGAGUUACCAAAGGUGGAUGAAAUGCAAGAAUCUGGUUUCAAACUCUCAGCCCUUCAUACCCCAAGUACAGUAGACGAACCUUAUGAUGAAGAUGAUUUUUUUUAAUUUUUAGCUUUAGCUUCUAGGGAGUUAAACUUUAAAAGAGUAGACUAGAAUGUUUUUUUUUUUAUAUAUUAACCAUAAAGAUAUUGUCAGCAAAGUAAAAAUGUACAUUAUGUAAAGAAAAUUAUUAAAAAGUUUACAAUAUAAA